ACAUGUCUCUCUUCAAAAUUUAAAGGCAGUUUCUCUCUCUCUCUCUCUCUCUCUCUCCACUCCUUUAAUUUAUGGCCAUUUACAAGGCAAGCACUUUCUCUGCCAAAAGAAAGUUGAAAGUGGAAGCAUUUUGAAACCCCUCCUUCCUCCUCCAUGUCGAAACUUUCUCUCCACUUCCCCUUCAUCCUACUCCACCGCCUCAAAAGAUCCAUGCUUUCUCUCCUCUUCUCCCUCCCCACUUCAUUCUUCGCCCUCCUCCUCCUCCUCCUCCUCUCCUACAACGCCUUCACCGUCUUCUCCGUCCACGUCCCCAAAAACAGGAAACCCCUCCUUCUCCCUUCCCCUCCAACACUCUCCAAUCUCUCUUCUCCCCACAAUCCACCACCUUUUAACGACACCCACUUCCCCCUUCUCCCAAACACCACCCAAAGUUUCUCCCUUUCUGCUAAGUCCAGAAGAGUGAGGAAGCACAAGCGUGGCCUCAGAAGCCUCCGUUCAGAGCCCAACUCUCCCUUUUCACUUUUCCGUGCCAGACUCAAAGCAUUCUUCGACAAUUCUUCCUGCAAGCUCAGGUUCUUCAUGACAUGGAUUUCGCCCUUGAAGGAAUUCGGGGAGAGGGAGUUAGUCUCAGUGGAGAGCCUCUUCAAGUCGCACCCCGAAGCUUGUUUGAUCAUAGUGUCAAAGUCUCUAGACUCUCACUUAGGAACUCAGAUUUUAAAACCAUUCGUGAGUAACGGUUUCAAAGUCAUGGCCAUUGCGCCGGAUUUCGGUUACAUUUUCAAGGACACGCAUGCUGAGGCGUGGUUUAAUCGGUUAAAGGAAGGGAAUGUGAACCCUGGCGAAGUCUCCUUAGGGCAGAAUCUCUCCAAUUUGCUUAGGCUUGCUCUCUUGUACAAAUUUGGAGGUGCUUACAUUGAUGCUGAUGUCAUGGUGUUGAAGAGCUUCUCCAAGCUGAGGAACACCAUUGGUGCACAGAACUUUGAUGCUACUACAGGCAAGUGGAGCCGCUUGAACAAUGCAGUGUUGAUAUUUGACAAGAGGCACCCUUUGCUUUUCAAGUUCAUUGAGGAGUUUGCACUCACCUUUGAUGGCAACAAGUGGGGACACAAUGGUCCUUACUUGAUCUCCAGGGUGGUGGCUAGGGUGAGUGGGAGACCAGGGUUCAAUUUCACUGUUCUGCCUCCUUCUGCGUUUUAUCCUGUGGAUUGGAGAGGGAUUAGGGGUUUGUUUAUAGAUCAGGUUCGUUCCAAAUGGCUGGUCACAAAAAUGGACCAAAUUCGCAAAGAGAGCUUUGCGGUGCAUCUAUGGAACAGGCAUAGUAGGAAACUUAGAGUGGUUAAGGGAAGCAUUGUGGAUAGCAUCAUUUCUAGUUGUUGCAUCUUCUGCAACACUUAGCUUCAUUUGUAGUUUUUAUUAAUUAGAGUUUGUAAUUAGUGAGAUAGAAUGACUGUUGAAAUAAAAUGGUUACAAGCAAUAAGUUGUUAUGGGAGCAAUUGUGUCUUCACUGUUAAAAAGGGUAUAUUAGAUGGUUAAAAUUGGAGGAUUAAAUAGAUAAUAUGGGUUUGGAGUUUGGACCCUUUGUAUGAUCCUUUUGUUGUAUCUAUUUGAAUUAAGGAUCUAUAUGAUGUGGAAAGUUUCAGUCA